AUGAUUAGUAAUUCAAGUUAUAGUCCAAUGACAUCAUCAUCAACUAAUAAAAUCAAAAGUAAUUAUAGAAUUGAAAAAUAUGAUUAUGAUUUAUUUAAAGGAGUUUCAAAUAAUGAUGUUAAAAAAGUUAGAGAAAUGAUUGAUUGUGGUGUUGAUAUUAAUAUGAGAGAGUAUGAAAAAGGUACAUGUCCAAUUCAUAUUGCAUCCUCAAGAGGACAUAAACAAGUAUUGGAACUAUUAGUAUCUAGAGGAUGUGAUAUUAAUGUUCAAGACGAUAGAGGUUGGACACCACUUCAUUCAUUGGUAACUGGUAGAUACGAUAUUUUAGCACUUUGGUUAAUUAGACAAGGUGCAAAUAUUAAUUUAAAAGAUAAUAAUGGAUUCACUUCAUUGGAUAGAGCACAAUCUUGGUUCCAAAAAGAAAUGGUUGACGUUGCAGAAGGAAGAAUAUCAAAUUCCGAAGCUACCCUAUUAGAAGUUAAAAAAGAGCAAGAUCAAAAAAAAGAAGAAUAUCAACAUGCUAUAAAAUCAAUUUUACAACAUCACCAUGAAGAAUCAAAAAAUAGUUCCAAUCAAUAUUUCAUAUCACAACAACCAAAUGCAAAUUCAAAAAUGGUACAAUUGCAAUCAUCGCCAUAUGUAGAAAGUCCAAUUAAAGGUUUAACCGGUUCUGGUAGUGAAGUUAUUAAAAUUUAUUUUAGAAAUGAUUCUUAUAAAUCUGUUAAAGUAACUGCAUCAGAUAAUUGCCAAUCCAUAAUUAGAGUUAUGUGCGAAAAAUUCAAUAUGAAAUCAUUUGAUAAAUGUUUUGACCUUUGUGAAGUCAUUAAAGGUCAAGUUAGAUUCCUUCCACCAAAUGACCUUUUAUUAGAAUCAAAAUUAAAAAAUUGGCCAAUCAUUUUAACAAAUAACGGUUAUGAAACUAAUAAUCAUUGUCAUUUUUCAAUUGUAAUUAAAAAAACAGCUCCAAAAGAAGCAAUUAAAUUAUUUGAAUCAAUUUUAUAA